AUGAAGAUGUGGUCUGGUGCGGCGUUGCUGGGCUUAGCCGCCCUAGCGGCAACCUCGCAAGUUCUUCCACGCAACUGGGACGCUAACGACUACUAUGUCCUCCAUCUCGACGCCAACACAUCCCCCCACGAGGUUGCCCGGAGUCUGGGGCUCGCGCACGAAGGGCCCCUCGGCGAGCUACGACACCAUCAUAUUUUUACGGCGAAACGAACCGAGCACGAUGUGGUGAAGCGGGAAUUGGCAUACCGGAAAAAGAGGCGGUCGCUCGGCGAACGAGACGUGCUGGACGGCGUGCUCUUCUCUGAGAAACAGGCCCUGCGAAAGCCAUGGGAGAAGCGCAUCAUCCCCCAACAACGGAAUCCUUUACCGCCAGAUCUCCCCCAUAACCUCCGAUCCACCGACCCGCCUGUGCAGUCGGCCGUUGAUGCGCAGGCCGACCUCAUGCGCAAGCUCGAGAUCAAUGACCCCAUGUUCGCGGAACAGUGGCAUCUCUUCAACACGGUCCAGGUCGGCCACGACGUGAACGUGGGCGACGUAUGGCUGCAAGGGGUCACGGGGAAGAACGCCACGGUGGCAAUUGUGGACGAUGGGCUGGACAUGUACAGCGACGAUCUCAAGGACAACUACUACGCGGCCGGCUCGUACGACUUUAACGAUAAGGUUGACGAACCGCGGCCGCGGCUGCAGGAUGAUAAGCAUGGAACUCGGUGCGCCGGUGAGGUGUCGGCGGUCCGAAACGACGUCUGCGGCGUGGGCGUGGCGUACGACUCCAAGAUCGCCGGGCUGCGUAUCCUGUCCAAGUUGAUCUCCGAUGCGGACGAAGCCGUUGCUAUGAACUACGACUUCCAGCAUAACCAGAUCUACUCGUGCUCGUGGGGUCCGCCAGACGAUGGCAAGAGCAUGGAUGCGCCUGGAAUUCUCAUCCGCCGCGCCAUGCUCAACGCCGUGCAGAACGGCCGCGGUGGACUGGGCUCCAUCUACGUCUUCGCCAGCGGCAAUGGCGCCCAAAACGAGGAUAACUGCAAUUUCGACGGGUACACCAACAGCAUCUACAGCAUCACCGUCGGCGCUAUCGACCGCAAGGGGCUGCACCCGUACUACUCGGAGAAGUGCUCCGCGGGCCUGGUGGUCACCUACUCGAGCGGCAGUAGCGAUGCCAUUCACACGACUGACGUCGGCCAGAACGCCUGUUCCAACAGCCAUGGCGGCACCUCGGCGGCUGCCCCGCUGGCCGCGGGCAUCUUCGCCUUGGUCCUCCAAGUGCGCCCGGAUCUGUCGUGGCGUGAUAUGCAGUACCUCGCCAUGGACACAGCCUUGCCUGUGAACAUGGACACGGGCGAUUACCAGACCACCACAAUCGGCAAGAAAUUCAGCCACACCUACGGGUACGGCAAAUUGGACAGCUCCGCCAUCGUCAAGGCCGCCAGGUCGUGGAAGAAGGUCAAGCCGCAGGCCUGGUACUACAGUCCCUGGAUCCACGUCAACGAGGAUAUCCCCCAGGGCGACCAGGGCAUCGCCGUCGGCUUCGAGGUCACCAAGGACAUGCUCAAGGAUGCCAACCUCGCGCGCCUCGAGCACAUUACUGUGACCAUGAAUGUUGCGCACGGUCGCCGCGGUGAUAUCAGCGUGGACCUGAUCAGCCCUAGCAAGGUUGUCAGUCACCUGUCUGUCACGCGCAAGUAUGAUGAAUCGACUGAGGGGUACGAUGACUGGACGUUCAUGAGUGUCGCUCACUGGGGCGAACUCGGCACCGGCACGUGGACCAUCGUCGUCAAGGACACCAACAUCAACGAAUUCAGCGGCCGUUUCGUCGACUGGCACCUCAAGCUCUGGGGUGAGAGCCUCGAUGCCUCCAAGGCUGUUCUCCUGCCCAUGCCCACCGAAGAAGACGACAACGACCACGCCGUCGUCCCUACCACCACCCUCAAGGCCUCCACCACCUCUGUCCCUCUCCCAGGCGGCACCAGCCCGGCUGAUGCCGAUACCACCGAUCACCCCAACCGCCCCGUCAACGCCAAACCCACAGGCACCGGUACCCCCGUCCCACCGGAGGCCGAGGAAUCCGCGACCGCCCCGGCGAGCACCGACAAACCCUCCACCUGGCUGCCCUCGUUCCUCCCUACUUUCGGCGUCUCCGCGGCUACCCAGGCCUGGAUCUACGGCUCGCUAGUGCUGAUCGUCCUCUUCUGUGCCGGACUCGGUGUGUACCUGUACCUCGCCCGGCGCAAGCGGCUCCGGAACAACCCGCGGAACGACUACGAAUUCGAGUUGCUCGACGACGACGAGGACGAUGAUUUCGACGGCGGGGAAGGGUUAGCCGCCUCUGGCCGUGGCGCGAGGGGGUUUGAAGGAGCGGGCGCAGAGAAAUUCGGUGCCGGUGCUGGUGCUGGCGCAGGUGGUGUCGGAGCAGGCGCAGCCGCUGGAGGGAGAAAAGGAAAGAAGAGGACACGAGGCGGGGAGUUGUACAAUGCCUUUGCCGGGGACAGCAGUGACGAGGACGGGCUUGCGGAUGACAAUGACUUUGGUGGUCGGGGGGCAGCCGGUGGUGGUGGUGGUGGUCUCAGUGGAGGGCAAUACCGCGAUGGGUCGUCGGGAUCGGACGGGAGCGGCUCGCCGAUUCGGUUGAGCGAGAAGUUACCUGCUCCUGGGGCUGGUGCUGGUAGUAGGAGGAGAGAUAGUGAUGAGGAGGAUGAGCAUCAUGUUGUAGGGGACAGUGAUGAUGACGAGGAGGAGGAAGAGAGUAGCGAUGAGGAACGGGCGAGGAGGCCGUUGCAUGGGGGGAAUCGGUAG